CACACACACACAGAGUCCUCAGAGGAGGUCUAAUCAGGCAAUUCAUUGGAAACACCUGUGUGCGUUCACCAUGGGUGUGUGUUUUCCAACUUGGUUAGCACAAUAUUCGUGUUGGUGACGUUAGUUAGUAAAAAGGCGAACAAGGUGGUUUAGUUAAUUGCUGAGGAUUCUUCAGAAAAUCGCAGUUGCAAUACAUUUUCUCCACUUUUAACAUGAGAGCAACAAUGAGCCCACCAUGGCUUUGUAACCAGUUUAAGAUGAUGCUUGGUAAUGUAAAAACCUACUUGGACAACCUAGUCACAGUUUACUGCCGGGGGGAAACCAGCAUAACAUCAGAGGAAACCUUAAUGACUGCCACUACAUGCUGUAAGCUUGAUGACAGCAAUGCCAGUAACCAAGAGGGUUACUGAAACAUGACAAAUCAGAGGGAGAAUGGAAGAAAAGCCAUUUAUCAAAAAAGUUGAAUUUGACAACUCCUGUUUUUCUGCAGUGUCACACGUAGGUCAGUUCUUGAGUCCCAAAUGUAGUGGAAGCAACAAUGCGCCUGCUGACGAACAUUGCAAGCAUGAUGCAAAAGGUGCACUUUCCGUCUUUGAGGAGCAGUGAUAUGGACACCAGGUGUGGUGACGUCCAGCUCUCUGUGGGUGUGUGUGGGAUGUUGUGUCAGGGCUAAAGCCCAUCCCUCUCCCAUGAGCCUGUGUGCCCACACACACACCUGGCGCCUCCACGCACACACCCGGCGCCCACACACGCACAGGCGGCACUGACGCUGUGAACCGGACCCUCGGAGCCCAGCGGAGCCAAGCGGAGCGGACUGCAGCCCAGUUGGAGCCUGAGGAUGUCAACAGAGACGGAGCUACAGCCAGCGGUCAGGCCCGGCAGCGUCAGACGGGACUUCAAGAGGAAAGGGCAGGAUCGCAGCGAGGCGGCUCUCAUCAGGCGUUUUAAGGGCGAUGGUGUCCGCUACAAGGCCAAGCUUAUCGGCCUGGAUGAGGUCACUGCCGCCCGUGGAGACAAACUGUGCCAGGACUCGAUGAUGAAGCUCAAGGGUAUAGCAGCGGCAGCACGGUCUAAAGGAGAACACAAACAGAAGGUGUUUCUGACCGUUUCCUUUGGAGGGAUCAAGAUCUUUGAUGAGAAGUCAGGGGUCCUCCAACACCACCAUGCGGUCCACGAGAUCUCCUACAUUGCCAAGGACAUCACGGACCACCGAGCCUUCGGCUACGUCUGUGGGAAGGAAGGGAAUCACCGCUUCGUGGCUAUUAAGACCGCACAGUCGGCUGAGCCUGUGAUCCUGGACCUGCGGGACUUGUUCCAGCUCAUCUAUGAGAUAAAGCAGCGAGAGGAGAUGGAGAAGAAGGCCCAAAAAGACAAGCAGUGUGAGCAGGCGGUCUACCAGACAAUACUGGAGGAGGAUCUGGAGGACCCGGUCUACCAGUACAUUGUGUUUGAGGCGGGACACGAGCCCAUCCGUGACCAAUCAGAAGAGGGCAUUUAUCAGGUUCCCACCAGUCAGCAGAAGGAAGGGGUCUAUGAUGUCCCAAAGCGACACCCAAAGAACGGACAUCAAAACACCCCCCUCCAUCACCACCAUCACCAUCAUCAUAAUCAUGAUUGGCCCCUCCAACAAGAACAAACUGCACUGCAGCAGCAGGCAGUGGCAGAUCUGAUAGACUUAGACCUGGAAAUGGUGACUCAGAAUAUCAACCAAUUAGAGAUUUUUGGAGACAUGUCCACACCGCCCGACAUCACCUCUCCAUCGACCCCCGCCUCUCCAGCCAACACCCUCGACCCCUCGCAGGGCCUGCUGCCUCCUGCGGAACUGUUUGCUCCCUUCAAUCCUGCGUCUGUGCCCUCAGGUUAUGUGACGAUGGGAGCAGUACCCCCCGGCCACUGGUCCCAGCAGGCGUUUGCUGCCCAGACACCACUGGCCUUCGGGGUCCAGUCUCCUCUAGGUCCGGUAGCCCAGGUGCUGCCAGGUGGCCAGCCUCUAAUCUGGGGCCAGGCCAACAUCUUCCCUGCCACCCAGCAGCAGUGGGCAGCCAUGGCAGCCGGAGCCUUCUCCCCCACAGCCUACCUCCCUGCCCAACCUGUGGGCACUCUGCCUGCCGCCAUGUUCCAGACUCUCACCCCCGUCACGACUGUGACUCCAGCUGGCGAGAGCCAUUCAGGUGCUGGAGCCAGCGCUGCAGCUCCCUCCCCUUCAGCGUCGUCGAGUCCGCAGCACGGGGAGAGGGCGAGGAAGAUGGGCAAGGAGAUGUUCAAGGAUUUUCAGCUGGCGAAGCCUCCGGCAAUGCCAUUGAAGAAGGGUGAACAGCCCGGCUUAGCAGGAACCUCAGAGGCAUUCAGCACUUACUUCAGCCGUGUGGGCACUGCCCAGGACACGGACGACUGUGACGACUUUGACAUUUCUCAAAUGAAUCUGACGCCAGUCACCUCCACGACACCAUCCACCAACUCACCACCCACCCCAGCUCCCAGGCAGAGCUCUCCCUCCAAGUCCUCCGUCUCCCAUGUCAGUGACCCCCCCACCGAUGCCACAGACCCCCCCACAGACGACUCGUUUGGGGAAGCAGAGGGCAGCCCUAGUCGCAGUGGAGAGGAAGAUGCUGUGUGUGGUUCUGGGUCACCCUGCCCCAGUGAGACAGCAGAGCCCAGCCCAGACCAGGCCAGUCCAGAGGCUGGGAGCUAGAUAGCAGCAGGGCAGGAAGGGGAAGGACCCUCUCUACGCCCAGAUCAACAAAGGGAAGAAAUAAAGAGACACACAGGAAGACAGACCUGACCAGCACCGAGAGAACAGGAGGAGAACCCUCACCCCUGUGUGUGUGUGUGUGUGUGUGUGUGUGUGUGUGUGUGUGUGUGUGUGUGUGUGUGUGUGUGUGUGUGUGUGAGCGAGCGAGCGAGCAUGUCUGGCACAUCUCCCUGCCUGGCCAAGCCCUUCUUCUUCUCCUCUUCUGCCUCUGGCUAACAACCUCCCAGGAGGAGCCUCCUCUGUCCUCCUCCUCUCCUCCUGAGAGGAGAGAGCCCUCUCGGUCAUUCGCUCCAGGCAGGAGGGAUAUCAAUCACUGAGAUGGAUCCAGUUCUCCCUCCACUGCGCUGUCUUCUCCUUCUCUCCUCUCUUCUCCCUGUGGCGACUCACACCCAGCCUUACAGACAUAACCUGCUCCUCCCUUCUCUCCCUCCCUCCUCCUUUCUGUCUUCGCUCUCACACUCCUCCCUCUGCCUCCUGUGUCUGGCCAGAGACUGUGUUGCCAAGGAGGGACUGAAUCAAGCAGUGCCUCCAUAUCUCUGACACCCACACAAACACACACACACACACACGCUCACGCUCAUCGGGAUUAGAAUGAUCAUCUUUCAUUUUAACGGACAGAAUCUGUAGCGAGGAGAUCCCACAGGACGAGCUAGACUCUUAACGA